AUGUGACAUCGCUGUCGAGUCUGGAAAUCGUGAAUCAGUUUGGUCCGUUCUCCCGUAACAAGUGCGCGUGCGAAACAUAGUUUGUGAUCGUCCAAAUUUUGUAAUCGGUUCUCGCACGGAUGUCGAAAGUUAUGUGUUAAUUGCUUCCGGUAGUCGAUUCUCCCGUGAAAAUUGUGUACAAUCCUCGGUCACCCCACUCAAUUACGCCCCCCCCCAGUGAAAGCCAAUUUCUAUUUUUCUGGGGAAAAUGUUCAAGCUGAUUACAUCACGUACCACUCAGCAAAUCGUUAGGAAGAGCCUGGCCAAAACCAGUUUGGCCGUGGAUGCUGCUGCUGUUGGCACCUCUAGCAGCAACAAUGUCAUCUCUUUCCAGCAAAUGCGGCUGAUGCAGAGCGUGUCCAGAAAUUUGUCCACAUCCCAGCCGAAGCUGCAGAACGAAGAGGUUGAGGUCACAUUUGUGCGAGCCAACGGAGAGCGGAUAAAAGCUAAAGGAAAGAUCGGCGACUCGCUGCUCGAUGUGAUCGUCAACAAUCAGAUCGAUCUGGAGGGAUUCGGAGCGUGCGAGGGUACGCUGACCUGUUCGACUUGCCAUCUGAUCUUCUCGCAGGCCGACUACGACGCAUUGCCGGAGAAACCGGGCGAUGAGGAGCUGGACAUGCUGGAUCUGGCCUAUGAGCUGACAGAUACAUCCCGGCUCGGUUGCCAGAUUGUGCUGUCGAAGGCAAUGGAGGGACUGGAGGUGCGGGUACCGGCCACGAUCAACGAUGCCAGAAGCUAACCCCUGGACGCACAGAACCGGUGCUCUGAAUGUUACCCGAUGCACAUAUCGUUUGUUCUGGCAAUAGUUUCAGUUGAAUUGUAAAUGUUAUUUCUUGUUUUUAUUUCAAUAGUGUGUAUUACCCAUUCAAUGGGCAAAGCAGCGCAAUAUAAUUCAAUCAUUUCGAAGCGAAAUGCGAGGUUAUCUUUGUCGGGUAGACAAAUAAUAAUCUGGCAAACAAAACACCCCAGUGAAUACACUGUAUGAGCAGAUAAUUCAGGAUAAUUAUCGAAUAAAUAUGGCUUUUAAAUAAAUGAGUAAAGGUAAAACGAAA